AUGGUGGCCAACUCUACAGGGAAGGACGGCCUUCGCCAAAGGAAUGUCACUAUUAACGGUACCACACCCGACCUCGUUACAAUCAGUGACGAAGGGAAAAAAAUGGACGAACGUCUUGACAAACACGAAACAUACGAGUUCGGCGGUCCUUGGGGAGUGUUCGCUAUCAUGGCCGGAUUCCCGCUUCUCAUGUAUUAUCUGUGGAUUUGUCUUUGGUUCUAUGAUGGACAAUUGGUACAUCCGACUUCAAUGGAAAACGUCAAACCGUUCUUACUGAGGAUGUGGGAGCAUGUCAAAGUAGAUGCUAGCCCCAACGCCUAUGCCUGGAAAGUUUACUCCGGAAAUAUAUUUUUCCAGCUCUUCCUUGCAUGGGUCAUGCCGGGAUGGAAACAAGAGGGUCUCCCCGUACCUUCGCUGGGUUACAAAAAGCUCAUGUACAACUGUAACGCCAUGUGGUCCCUUUGGGCUACAAUCAUCACCUCAGCGGUCCUCCAUUACACCAGCAUCUUCAAGCUCACAGAAAUCAUCGAUAACUACGGACAUCUUAUGACCGUUGCUAUGAUCUGGGGCUUUGGCGUGUCAUUUGGGAUGUAUUUCAUCGCUGUAGUCACUGGAACUCAGAUGAGAAUGUCUGGAAACUUCCUUUACGACGUUUUCAUGGGCGCGUCCUUAAACCCUAGGAUCGGGCCUAUCGACCUCAAGAUGUGGGCUGAAGUACGGAUUCCGUGGAUCAUCGUCUUCUUUUUGUCGGUUUCUGGCGCGUGCAAGCAGUACGAGCAACUUGGCUACGUUACACCUAAUAUGGCGUUUAUGUGCUUGGCGACUUGGUUGUAUAUCAAUGCUUGUGCUAAGGGUGAAGAGUGUAUCCCCCAAACAUGGGAUAUGUUCCACGAAAAAUGGGGCUUUAUGGUCAUCUUUUGGAAUUUCGCCGGUGUUCCAUUCUCCUACGUGUACUCUGUUGUCUAUAUGGCUUCACACGACCCCUCAAAAUAUAAGUUCUCCACUCCCACCUAUGUGGCCCUAUACACCACACUCUUGACUGCUUACUACGCGUUCGAUUGUGCUAUGUCACAGAAGAGCCGGUUCAAGAUGCAGACAAUGGGUGUCACGAAGUUUAGGAAGACAUUCCCCCAGUUGCCCGGAUGCAUUGUUAAAAAUCCUACCUUCAUUCAAACCGCUCAUGGAAACCGUCUGUUGACGAGCGGUGCUUGGGCAUGGUCCCGCAAGCCAAACUAUGUCGCUGACUGGAUCAUGAGUUUGACAUGGGGUCUAGUCAUCGGUGCUGCUACACCUAUCCCUUAUUUCUACUCCGUCUUCUUCAUUACGGUCCUCAUCCAUCGUUGUGGAAGAGACUUUGAGAGGUGUUCCAUCAAGUACGGCAAGGACUGGGAAGAAUACUGCAGAAUUGUUCCUUACAAGUUUAUACCCUACGUCUACUGA